CGCCGACCCAAUCCGGAGCCAAAUUUCGAUCUUUGAUUUAUGCGCGUUGGACUAAACAAACAGAGAAGCAGAGAGUAACCAAAUUUCGGCUCGACCGAUCCCAGCCAAGAUUCCCUAGCCUGGCCGGUGGGGAGCGAAUCCGGCAAAGCGACGGCGGGGGGCAUGAAGCGCUGCUGCGUGCGGCUACAUAAGCCGCGGGCCUCCGUUUCCUUCUGUCGGGGACGAGGAGGAGGAGGAGGAGGAUGGCGCGGCAGCGGGGGCGCGUGGUGCUGCGGCGGAUCGAGGAUCGGAGGCGGCGGGGGAUCUGCUUUAGGAAGCGGCGGACGGGGCUGGUUAAGAAGGCGGAGGAGCUCGCCGUGCUCUGCGACGCCGCCGUCGGCCUCCUCGUCAUCAACCCCUUCGACGGCACCUUCCAACGCUUCGCCGCGCCCGCGACUAUGGAGACUAUCAUCAAACGUUAUCAGAAUUUCCCAGAAGCACAAAAAAGAGCACAUGGAAGGAGGCUUCUUAAAGAGAGAAGCAAGGAUUUUCAAGUUCCCCUAGUAACAACAGAUAGAAAGCCAAACAUUUAUGACGUCAGGACAAUUGAUGAAUCAAGCAUAUCCCAGUUGACCAUCGAACAGCUUACACAAAUUGAAAGAAAACUGGAAUAUGCACUAAGAAAUGCAAAGACCAGGAAGUUGGAAGCCUAUUCGAUCGCCACACUACACGAGAAGGGGAAAGCAACGCUUGAGGAGAGGGACUUGAUGGAAAUGGUCUCCAGGAAGGAGCAGAAGCAGGAGGGGGGAAGGUAUGUAACUAAAAGCCAGCAAAGAAGCAGGGAGGUGGAUUUGACGCUCAGCCUCGGCAUCAGCAUUGGCUGCAACGUUGGUUGCUCGCAUAGGCACCAAAGGCCAAUUGACCUCAACAUGCCGUGACACAGACAAUUUCAGCGGGCUCAUGAGUUGGAUAGUUGGAGUGACGCUGUAUAUGGAGCAUCAACAGUUUCUCCAGAAUCUGCUGCGAAUAUUUUGAGUUGGCUUAAGUCAAAUCUCUAGCUAUCAUAAUUACUGCACAUGUGCACAGCUUUUCACCCCCAUUGCGUUUAGGGCUCGAUUAAGAAUGCGUUCAUCCUGGGUUCGGUUGUACACUUGUACAGUUGUACUAGCAUAAGCUGACUUCACAAAGAGUGCAUUUGUGCACAUCUCCACCAAAUUCAAGUUAUUAUCCAUGAGUACCAUGAUAUGUAUCUUCACUGAAACGAAUCCAUGAUUUGUGUGUCCUACUAAUAAUGCAGUAAUGUACCCUUUGUUA